AUGCAGUGUUUCUUCUACGCGGAUAAUGGCAUUUUCCUUCAGUGCACGAGAGGUGCGAUCCUUAUGGGUACUCAACAGUUGUCUCUACCAAUCGCCCCAUUAGAUGUCACCCUCUUUUCUAGGAUACAAAAUAAACAUACUCGGGACCUGCAAUCUUCUGUGGUUACUAAAGUGGAGAAACUGGAAUCUCUACCCCUACGAAAGGAAUGGAUGAACGACCUCGCUCAAGCCGUUGCGUUUCUAGAAUCGCUUAAUCUCGCCCAUGAUUUUGGUUGUACGGAAAAAUCGGAACGGAUUUUGAAGCUUGCAUGGGACCAUAUGGAAGAAUACUUAACAGCGAUGAACAGAACCAAGGUCGAGGUGGAAGUUCCGGUUUCCUUGGUCCUCGAACCAAACAAUUCGCCCUGGGUUUUUUAUACUACCUCACAAACUACGGUUCUGAGGUUUAUGGUGAUCGAUGUAUUACCAAAGAUCCUAAAAGAGCAUGGACGUAAAGUUGUGGAAUUACUGCAGAACAUGGAAUUUCCGAAGUUAGAUGGUGAUCCGUUAAUUGACGAGAUCAUCAGCAAAUGUUGGCACAACAAUUAUACCACGAUUGCGGAAUUGGCCGCAUACACAGAGACGCUCGGAAGAAACAACCGCAGAAAGACCGAAACCGAAAAAACAUCUCCGCUGCAAUGGCGUGCAGUUAUAGGCCGCAUUAUUCGUGGGUUAUGGAAACGUUUCAGAUCUUUGUGGGAUUUCGUGCUCUGUCGCUCUAGCCAAACAAACCUGAAGUAA